UGUGCCCUGCCAACUGCAUCCCGGCUCGGUUGGAGCAGAACACCAUGGGCUGUCACCUGGGGAGAGGUGUUCAUGAGAAAUCGUUUGGUGGAGGGUUUGGAGUAAUUCCUCAUUUUUUGUUAGGUAAACCGACUCCCCAGGAGCCACUGGUGCACAGCUGGUAGCACAGGAGAGGAGCCAGCUCCCGAGUCCCUGAGGGUUUGUGUCCUGCAGGAUGACUCCUCUCUCCUUCCUUCUGCCCUGGUAAGAUGAGUCACUGGGUUUCAGGAACGUCAGAGAGGGCUGCCGGAGGAACCGAAAUGUGCUUUGUUUGUUACCAAAGCACUCACCGGGGUGACCGUGAGCAGGAAAAGGGGAAGCGGCUUUGAGUCACCCGCUCCCCGCAUUGCUCAGCGUGCAAGUGAGGAGAUGCCCCUCUGGGCCACAGCUACUUCUCUCUCACGAAACAGGAGAGAGCUUUUCCCCUCUCCUGCAGUGCUUUUUAAACAUCUCUUUUCUGCACCUUAAUCCAGAGGGGUUCUCCCCAAGGAACUGGAGAUGAAGGACAGACGUCUAAAUUCGUUGCUGCAGAGCUGCUGUGCUGUGCAACACUUCCCUGUCCCCAUCGAGGCACAGGGACUGCAGGAUUCCUCUACACAUCGGCCACCAAUUCUCCUCCAGCUUGCCUUAGCCAGAUCCAGCUCCUCGGGUGACUCCUCCAAACCACAAAGACACCUGAUUGCUAUAUUGAAAGAAGAUAAAGAGACCUUUGGGUUUGAAAUCCAGACUGUUAGGUUUCCAAACCAAAACGAUUUCUCCCUGGAGGUGUGCACUUGCAUCUGCAAAGUUCAAGAGGAAAGUCCUGCCCAUCUCUCUGGCCUACAGACUGGCGACAUCCUCGUCAGCAUCAACGGCGUGAACACUGAGGGGUUUGGUCACAAGCAGAUAGUGGACUUGAUAAAGUCUUCAGGGAACUACUUGAGGUUAGAGACGGUCAAUGGGGCCUUGUUCCUGCGGAAAAUGGAGCUGGAGGCCAAGCUGCAGGUACUCAAGCAAGCGCUGCAUCAGCGGUGGGGGGAGCUGCGGGCGCUGCUGGCCCGGGAGCGGCACUUGCUGCACGGCAAGGCGAACCACAACGCUCUGCUGGGCGCACUGGACCUGGAGGAGCCCAGCUCCUGUGGUGGCUGCAGCUCGCCAGGACCCCUCUUCCUGACCAAGCCCCGCUUCUCCAGCGAGAGCAGCUCCCGCAGCCGGCUGAGCUCGAUGACGGUGGGCAGCGAGGACAGCUUCUUCCAGGGCAGCGCCUUCGAGGACUCGGCUGCAGAGAGCCUGAGCCGCCAGUCCAGCAUGGAUGAUGACUGUGUGUUCCCCAGGGACGGGGACGGUGCUGCCGGGAGGUGCUCCCUGCGCAGGAACCGCAGCAUCAGCCUGGCCAGCAGCGGCUCCAUGUCCCCGCUCUGGGAGAGCAGCAGCUACUCCAGCAGUUUUGGGACCCUCCCACGGAAAAGCAGGAGAGCCAGUGUCCGGAAGCACCUUUUGAAAUUCAUUCCAGGGUUUCACCGGGAGGUGGAAGAGGAAGAAAGUCGGGUCUAAUGUCGCACGUGUCACCCUGGAUGUCUGGGCUCUGCACGUGGGACCGAGGCAGCCCCUCACCCUGAGCACUCCGUGGGUGAAGGGUGGUGGCACGGCAGGGCACUCAUCCAGAUAACAGCACUGAUGAGAUUUACGCAGCUCUGGGGUUUAAUUAUUUUCAUUUUUUAAUCAGAGCAUGCUGUGGACCUCUUCAUUAACGUGAGAAAUGUGAAGAACCUUUGCAGAACUUCCUCAGCGAACUUUAGUGUUAAUAGCAGUUUUUAAUUGAAUGCAAAAUUGAUAGCUAUUUAUUUCCUGUUACUGGAGUCAGUGUUUUCCAAAGGUCUUUAAUAAAGCAAGUGCUUCUACUAGAGCCAGUGACAGAGUCCUGUUGGGAAGAGGAGGGAGCCCUGAGCAGGCAGAGAGACC